AUGGUAGAAUCCGUGGAGCAGAAGUUGGACAAGUUGAACUUUAGCACGGAGCCUCUGAACGUUGCAAUAGUCGGUGGCGGCUUCGCAGGCUUUGCGCUUCUCAUAGGACUCCAAAAGUACCCUCAUCUCAACCCGCAGCUCUACGAAUCCGCUGAAACAUGGUCGGAGCUCGGUGCGGGAGCGAUCCAGGGCCCGAAUGCCCAACGGGCAAUGGAAAUGAUUGACCCACGCAUCUUGCGUGGCUUUGAGCGACGAGCAGCUUACAACGAGGGCCCUCCGGACGAAAAUGGCCAGUAUCUGUGGAUGGCUGUCACCAAAGGCCAAGAGCCAGAUGUCGGCGAAAAGGUGCUCGAGUACAAGCAUAGUGUGAGGGGAUCGACGAUUCAUCGCGCCCACUUCCUUAGCGAGCUCAUCAAGCUAGCUGACCCACAACGAACGCAUGUGGGUAAGCGCCUCGUAGGCAUCCAGGAGAGCAGUGGUGAUACUCCUGUCCAGCUUCACUUCAAGGAUGGAACUCAAGCAGAGGCAGACGUGGUGAUUGGGGCUGAUGGAAUCCACUCCGUGGUUCGCAGGCAUGUACUCGGCGCCGACAACCCUGCUUCCGAUGCCUUCUUCACGGGCGGCAUCAUCUAUCGCUGCACAGUGCCAAUCGCAGUGGCAAAGGAAGCCCUGGAGGACGUGACCCAAAAGUUCAGCAUAACCUGCGGCAAAGACGGCGUGGUAUAUGGCUUCCCUCUGGCGAACAACACGCUCUACUAUAUCGGGGUGACCACAUUCCACAACAGCCCAGUGAAGCAGGAUAAGUGGAACGUACCGGUAGACACCGAAGACCUCAACGGUCGCUUCGCAAAUUACGCAGACUUUGUGAAGAAGCAGGUCGCCCUAGUGCCAAACGAUGGCAGCACUCUCGGUUGGUCGAUCUGGGAAAUGCCACCGGCGCCGACGUUCCACAAAGGCCGUGUAUACAUCAUGGGCGAUGCCGCACACGCCACGGCGCCCUUUCUGGGUGCCGGGGCCGGUCAAGCUGUUGAAGAUGCCUUGGUGAUGCAUCGCUUGUUGGGAGAUUGCUUUGACCCAGCUCGACAGAGUGAAUCGCCGUUCACAAAGCAAGAGACAGUACGUGCGGUGCUUCAGGCUUGCGACACGACGCGCCGGUUCCGCAGCCAGAAGGUCAUCGUGACGAGUUCGGAGGUGGGUCGCCUGUUGUCUGGCAACGAGCCAGGGGUCACGAUGGAAGCUGCACCGAUGUUCGAAGCGCUGAAGGACAAGAUGCAUUGGAUAUGGGAUGCCGACAUGGAACAACAGGUCAAAGAUGCAAGACUGCUGUUCGAGGAAGCGGAGUUUGCCGUGAAGCUCCCUGCAUCGUCGAGUCCCCGCUGA